AUGCAGGCGGGCAGGGACUAAAGAAAGAGGAGAGGACACAGAAAAAAGAGAGAGAGAGAAAGGGAGAGAGAGAGGCAGGCUGGCAGAGGGCUAGAGAGAGAGGAGGGGAGUCAGAGAGAGAGAGAGAAAGAGGCUGCCCCUCCCCAAAACUCCCAAAGGGAGGGUCUGCAGGACGAGCUGGAAGGAAGGGUGAUGGGAGGAAAACCAUCCGAUAAUUAAAUGUCUCCGGAGAUUCUCCAUCAUUCAAAGUGCUUUUUUUUUUGUUUUGUUUUUCCAAGACUGGACUUUCUGCUUUUUUCUUUUCUUCUUUGAAGACGUUUCGCUUCUCAUCUAAGGAGCUUCUUCAGCUCUGAUCCCCAACCAGCCUGCCGCUUUGCCGCCGCCCCCACCCGCCCCAAGAACGUGCAAUUCGCUCCUUGCCACAUUGGGGGGGGGGACGACACACACCCCAUUGUUCUUUUUAAAAAAAGCAAGCCAAAGAGGAAGUUUUUAUCCUUGGAUUCAAAACAUGGCGUGGCUCCGGAAAAGCAGAUUUAAAUCGCUUCAGACCCACGCUUUGGAUGGAGCGCAUGAGCGAGGAUACUCUGCGUCUCAACCGCUUGAAGCGGACCCUGGACCAAGCCGAAGAGCGGGACGAUGUCUUGGCCAAGAGGCUGAAGAUGGAGGGCCACGAGGCCAUGGAGCGCCUCAAGAUGUUGGCGCUGCUCAAAAGGAAAGACCUGGCGGGCAUCGAGGUGCCCCAUGAGCUGCCCGUCAAGCAGGAUGGACUGAAAGUCUACGAGGAAAAGCUGAACGGAAACCUGAGACCCCACGCCGAUGGACGGUCUUCCGGGAGAUCCGGCAAGGAGAACAUCAACGACGAACCAGUGGACAUGAGCGCGAGAAGAAGCAGCGAUCAAGACAGGGGGCGGCUCACCCCUUCUCCGGACGUCAUUGUCCUGUCCGACAACGAAGCCUCCAGCCCUCGCUCCAGUUCCCGCAUGGAAGAGCGUUUGAAGGCAGCCAAUCUGGAAAUGUUCAAGGGGAAAGGGGUCGAGGAAAGGCAACAGCUCAUCAAACAGCUGCGGGACGAGUUGCGGUUAGAGGAAGCCCGGCUGGUGCUGUUGAAGAAACUACGGCAAAGCCAGCUGCAGAAGGAGAACGUGGUACAGAAGACCCCGGUUGUCCAGAACGCAGCGUCUAUAGUCCAGCCAUCUCCUGCCCACGUCGGACAGCAGGCUCUGUCCAAACUCCCUUCCCGACCUGGAGUUCAAGGGGUUGAGCCCCAAAACCUUAGAACAUUACAGGGUCACAGUGUCAUCCGAUCGGCCACCAACACCGCACUUCCCCACAUGCUUAUAUCCCAGCGUGUAAUUGCCCCCAACCCCACCCAGCUUCAAGGACAGCGCAUCCCUUCCAAACCAGGCCUGAUCCGCAGCAGCACGCCGAACAUGAGCCCUGCUAUCAAUUACCAGCCGCCAUCCUCUUCGGCAGUGCCCUGCCAGCGAACCAGCUCCUCCGCCAUCUAUAUGAACCUUGCCUCCCACAUCCAGCCCGGGACGGUGAACAGGGUGGCCUCCCCCCUGCCCAGUCCCAGCGCCAUGAAUGACGCCGCCAACUCCCAGGCCGCCGCCAAGCUCGCCCUGCGCAAGCAGCUGGAAAAGACUCUGUUGGAGAUCCCGCCCCCCAAACCUCCCGCCCCCUUGCUCCACUUCCUGCCCAGUGCGGCCAACAGCGAGUUUAUCUACAUGGUGGGACUGGAAGAAGUGGUCCAGAGCGUCAUCGACAGUCAAGGCAAAGGCUGCGCCUCCCUCCUCCGAGUGGAGCCCUUCGUCUGCGCCCAGUGCCGCACGGACUUCACCCCGCACUGGAAGCAGGAGAAGAACGGGAAGAUCUUGUGCGAGCAGUGCAUGACCUCCAACCAGAAGAAGGCGCUCAAAGCCGAGCACACCAACCGGCUGAAGAAUGCCUUCGUCAAAGCCUUGCAGCAGGAACAGGAGAUCGAACAGCGGCUUCAGCAGCAGGCCACCCUCUCGCCCACCACGGCUCCGACCAGCGUGGCCAGCGUCAGCAAGCAGGAGAGCAUCAUGAGGCAUCACACACUCCGACAGCCCCCCCAGCCUCAAAGCUCCCUACAACGUAGUUUACCCACCUCCGCUCGCUCCAUGCUCUCCAACUUCGCACAGGCGCCACAGCUACCCGUCGCCAGCGGUCUCCUCGGGAUGCCAGGAGUCAAUAUCGCCUACCUGAACGCCGGGAUGGGCGGCCACAAAGGUUCCAGCUUGGCGGACCGGCAGCGGGAAUAUCUUCUCGAUAUGAUCCCUCCGCGCUCGAUAUCGCAAUCCAUCAGUGGGCAAAAAUAACACCAGCCCCGCCCCCCCUCCUCCUCCUCCUCCCCGUGACUCCCCAUCUGCGCCCCCCCUCGUCCGUCGCAUGCAGUGCCUGUACUGGUGCCUACCACGGAGGGACAGGAAACCCCCCCCACCCCCGCCAGAAAACAUUGGGGAAAAAAGGAAGAAAGACAAAAAUGAAGACGAGAAACUUUCGCGCAACCUGCCCUCUUCGCAACCGUCUCGCUGGCACCCCUGUACCCACGCCGCCCGCUCUGGAUUUUGUUUUGGGCGGUGGGAGCCCUCAAAAGCCCUUCCUGCUCCCCCUCCCACUUCCCACUCAAAGUCAGAACGCAUCAGCUCGGACAACCCUCGCACCGUACCUGCGUGUUUUCACACGCUUGUUUUUACGCGCUUAUCUUUUCCCCCUUUUGUUCAGCUUUUAACGUCUGUAAUUGCAAACCUGUAGAAUUUUUAACGGCUUGCUUUUUCUCUCUCUUUUUUUUUUUACGCCUUUUGCUUUUCUUUUCUUUUUUUUUCGCUUCCGCGGGAGGGAGAAAAGGAGAUCACCUGGAGAGAACGGGGCUCCUCACGAGUCUCAAAAUGGCUUUUUUUUUUUCCCAUUCUGGCUUAAAAAGGAGGGAUCAGUGAAGAGGGGGAUUAUAAUGGUCACCCCUCUUCGGAGCUGAAGCCAAACCCUGGUUUGGGGGUCCAAACGUCCACGAGAAGGCUGUUUUUGGAGUUGGGAAGACCACCAAGAGGUUUUUGUUGUUGUUUUUUUUGGAAUCGUCCAUGCUAGGAAAAUGAAACUUCGGCGUGUCGGAGAUUUGUUGGACUCACCCCUUGAGUGCUGGCGACAUCACUCUGGGCAAUAAAAGAGAUCUAGCAUCCCUUCUGCUGAUCCUGCAAGCUGCUGGCCAGCAGAAUAAGCUCCUGGCCAGGCAGGGACCCUGAAUCCCUGCCUCUGUUCCGUUACCGUCAUCCUUUCGACCAUUAGAUGCCGGGAGGCAGGGAGUCCCUUCCCGCUAGCCGAUUCCUCUGCCCCGUUGUAUUUGCGAUUCCGCUUGUUUAUUUUUUUUUUCCCCUUCUCGACGUCGCCCGGCCUGGAAGUUGCUGUUUUCCACGCGGAGAUCAGAACCGUGGGAGCACCCCUCCCGCUCUCGGGGGCCCAACCUUUCCCCUCCUUGCUCCAAAGUAUUAGCCCUGGGUUCUUCGGGUCACCUUGGCGAUCAACAGUCCCUCUCUCAAAAGAACCGCAAGCUCCCGGGAUAGUCUCUGCCUGCUUCCUUUUCGCCCCUCCAAACCUCCGAGCACUUAACGAAUCCACGGGGAGGCGGCAGGACCCUUGGCGCGGAUGCACCGGAGAGACGCCGAGACCUGGAUUUCGCCCGUCCCGCGUCCCCUCCCGGCGCUCCUUAAAGAAAUUCUCGGGACAAGUCGGGAAAGCAGGCACGUCCCGCCAUCUGAACCUAAGACAGCCCGACGCGCCUGCCCCUUUCCUCCUUACCCCCCUCUCCCAAAAUGUGCAAUUCUCUGCAAAGCCAGCUUUUGCGACGCAGCAGCCUUAGAGGCCUCGGUGAUGGUUUCGGUUUUGUUUUAUUUUAUUCUCUUGCUCUUUCGAACAUGGGAUUUUAAGCCCUCCACCCUACCCCUGGCUCGCCCUAGGCGCCCCCAUUUUUAAUAUUCCUUCCCUUGGCUCUCCCUGUUGUGGCUCAAACUUACGUGAGUCACGUAGACUUAAGAUUUUGGGUUUCGGUUUGGUUUGGAUAUUGUGCUGACCUUCCUUCCUUCCUUCCUUCCUUCCUUCCCUGUUCCUUCCUACUUUCCAUCCCUCCCUUCCUUCCUUCUCUAUUCCUUCCUCUCUUUUAAUCUUUUUUUUUCUUUCUUUCUUUCGGUGAUGUAGGAAACGUGCAAUAAUUUUUGCUCAAGUAUCAAAAAAAAAAAUUCCAAAAAAAAAAAAAGCACCCGUUUGAAUUUCUGCCGAGAAAUUAGCCAAAA